AAAAAUGCCCCUUUGUGCAUUGUGGAUCAGUAGAGUGUAAGCUCCUGCAUGUUUACCCAGUUAAAGCAAUGCUUUAUUAAGCUGGUGGUCAUUGGGAAAAAUACUCCUUACAUCGGUGGCCAGUGGGAAGAAUGUUCCUUACAUUGGUGGUCAGUGGGAAGAAUGUUCCUUACAUUGAUGAUCAGUGGGAAGAAUGUUCCUUACAUUGGUGGUCAGUGGGAAGAAUGCCUCUUACAUUGGUGGCCAGUGGGAAGAAUGCUCCUUACAUUGGUGAUCAGUGGGAAGAAUGGUCCUUACAUUGGUGGCCAGUGGGAAGAAUGCCCCUUACAUUGGUGGUCAGUGGGAAGAAUGUUCCUUACAUUGGUGAUCAGUGGGAAGAAUGUUCCUUACUUUGGUGGUCAGUGGGAAGAACGCCCCUUGCAUUGGUGGUCAGUGGGAAGAAUGCUCCUUACAUUGGAGGUCAGUGGGAAGAAUAUACCUUACAUUGGUGAUUAGUGGGAAGAAUGUUCCUUACAUUGGUGGUCAGUGGGAAGAAUGUCCCUUACAUUGGUGGUCAGUGGGAAGAAUAUACCUUACA